AAAACCAAUACGAUCAAACUCACCGUCAAAAUUGGUAUUGAGGCUAUAGGAUGCAACUUCUUUGGUGAGAGGUUUAAUGCAGACGGUGUCGGCUUUUGGUGUGUCGGCGGUGAUGGCUACAGCUAUUUAAGGGACUUCAGAAUACCCCCGAAGCCUCAUGAGUCCAAAGACAAAGACAAGGACCUCAAUCCGGUAUGUAAAAGCAAGAAUAAGCCCACACAGAAUGAGAGGUCACUGAUGGCCUUUGUUAUCUGGGCCAACAACGGCCGUGGCCAGCCGCGAUUCUCCUACUUUUGUGGAGGUGAUGGCAAUGUACCUCUGGAAAAAGAAAGAAUCUGCGAUAUAGUACUGGGACACCGGCGUGUCCAGGUGGCCAAGUUGGACCAUCAUGGCUCAUCGGGCGAGUUUGCUGAAGGCGAGAUCUUGGGUUUGAUGCAGAAGCCUCAGCGGCUACUUAUAACACCUGGACACCAAUAUGGACACCCUUGUUGGGACGUUAUCUUCCUUAUCAGCAAUAUGUACAGGAACCAGCGUGAUAGAAGAAUCCUUUAUACGACACGCCUGCCCUACUGGGUUGAUGAGAGCAAGUUUGGAAAAUGGCUCAACACUGACCUUAACAUCAACUCUCAAGGACGACUCGCCAGUCUUUUCAAGCCAAGUGCAACUUCUAGCCCGACCAAAAGAAUCAUGAGUGGGAACGAAUCUAAAAAGGUUCUCGUGGAGGCGGUCACGAAUAUUCUAAGAGUCAACCUGAAGGAAUUUAAGGAGAAGCUGCUGACGGAAGCAGACGACGAGGAUGAAGCCAAUGACCCUGACUUUACUAUUGAAGACGGCCUUGCAGACCUCCUUGGCAAUAUGGUCCAGAACAAGACGGCCGUCUAUGAAGACGUUCAAAAACAAGUCGCUCAAGAGCUCAAGAAGGUCGUCGAAAAGGGAACCGGGACGAAAUAUGAAAUGGUGGACGAAGGUGAGGAAACUAAAUUCUCCAAGCCUGAGGAUGAAAUGAUGAGUUACAAGCAUGAUGUGGUAAAUGCUUGUGUGGAUAUGUGGAACUCGAUCUCGGAGCAAAAGAUCAAGGAAGGGGAAGAGCAGUCGAAGUACUAUCUCUUGCAGCUCAUUUCAGCUAAUGAUGAUGAACUGGACGGAGCUGUUAAUUCAUUUGAAUGGCCCGUUUUUGAGGACAAGAAGUUCAAAUCCAAGAUAUAGGAGUUGACGUACUAGGCUGUGCAUCAGCAAAGAGACUCGUCUAUAUUGAGAGCCGUCGCUCGCUGUAUGUAAUCUUUUGAACGUUACAAUGAAUAUCAUGAAGAGGUAGCAUCAAGUGAUUGUUACACAAGGCUGGCCUUCCGAAAUCGUUCCUGUUUAAUGCGACAUCACAUUACAAUUGUAGGAUUGACGAGG